UUACGCAAAUUGAUUUCGAUUUGACGUUUUGUCCAAUGCGGCACCGGUGCGGGGGCAUAAAAAAUGUAAACAAAUCGAUUGCAAAAGCACAUGUGUUCGCAGUUUGUGUACUGGUCGUGUUUUAGUUUGUUGUAAAAUACAACCUAACAAUCGCACAAAUGGACCAAAGCAAAGAGCCGACCGUUGCCAAAGAGGCGGUCCUGCAGGAAAGCUCCAAGCUGCCGGAAAACACGCCACAAAUCCGUGGUUACGAUUGGAACGAAGGCUACAGCUACGAGAAGCUGUUCAGCUCGUACACGCACAGCGGCUUUCAGGCGACAAAUCUUGGCAAAGCGAUCGAAGAAGUGAACAAGAUGAUAGCAGCUCGUCGUGUACCACUCGCGGAGGAUAAACUGGACCAGUACGAAGAGGAUGAAUUUAUCAAGCGAAAAAACAGCUGUACCAUUUUCCUCGGCUACACCUCGAACAUGGUGUCGGCCGGGGUGCGGGAAACGAUUCGCUUUCUAGUGCAGCACCGUAUGGUGGACUGCAUAGUAACGACGGCCGGCGGCGUGGAGGAAGAUCUAAUCAAAUGUCUCGCCCCAACGUACCUCGGGUCGUUCGAGCUGGCCGGCCGGGAGCUGCGCGAACGGGGCAUCAAUCGGAUCGGCAACCUGCUCGUGCCGAACGAAAACUACUGCAAGUUCGAGAACUGGGUCAUACCGAUUCUGGAUGAAAUGCUGGCAGAGCAGAAGAGCAAGGGCACACUGUGGACACCGUCGAGGGUGAUCGCCCGGUUGGGGGAGAAAAUUAACGACGAAUCGUCGAUCUACUACUGGGCGGCAAAGCAUCGGAUUCCCGUGUUCAGCCCUGCCCUGACCGACGGCAGCCUGGGCGACAUGAUGUACUUCCACUCGUUCCGCAAUCCGGGCCUGGUAGUGGACAUUGUGUCGGAUUUGCGGCGCUUGAACACGAUGGCUGUCAAGGCGGUCCAGUCGGGCAUUAUUAUCGUUGGCGGUGGCGUGAUCAAGCACCAUAUCUGCAACGCAAAUCUGAUGCGCAACGGAGCGGACUUUUCGGUGUUUGUUAACACGGCGUCCGAGUACGACGGGAGCGAUAGUGGUGCGCGUCCGGAUGAAGCCGUUUCGUGGGGCAAAAUUAAGAAGGAUGCAACGCCGGUCAAGGUAUAUGCGGAGGCUAGUUUGGUGUUUCCGAUACUGGUCGGGGAAACGUUCGUGAAAGAUCAUUAUCGGGAAAAUAAAACAAACGUUUCCACAUGAAA